AUGACCACCACCCCACAGGGUGAUCUUCAGGCAAAGCCCCAGAGGGUCCAAGGCCUGGCUCGUGGCUCGAGCGACCUCUCCCUCACCUUCACCCGCUCACCACCCGAACCCAGUCCACCGCUCAUGCAACAGUCUGCGCACGGUUCUCCCACUGUUCUCAUCAAAUGA